AUGGUGGCUUUUGCGGUCAUCAUCUCUGUGAUGAUGGUUGUGACGGGAUCUUUGAAUACAAUUUGUGCCAAGUGGGCUGAUAGUAUCAAGGCUGAAGGUGUCGCCUUCAAUCACCCAUUUUUGCAGGUAAAAUCGAUUUUUUCAUGAAAUUUCAUGAAUUUUGAUAUAAAAUUCGAUAAUUUUCAUCAAAUUUCACGAAUUUUGAUGUAAAAUUCAAGUGCGCUCCAUUGCAAACCUCAAAAUUAUCGAUUUUCCAGGCGACCUGCAUGUUUUUCGGUGAAUUCCUAUGCCUUGUCGUAUUUUUCCUGAUCUUUGGCUACAAACGGUAUCGCUGGAAUCGUGCCAAUGUUCAAGGCGAUUUGGGCACAGUUUCGGGUGAGUGGCCAACUGCGCUCCAUUGAAAUAUCGAUUUUUCCGGCCUGAAUCUUGGAAUUUCUGCAAUUUUCAUGUGAUUUUCAGUCAAAACAUGGGGAUUUUGACUGGAAAUUUGGAAAUUGCUGAAAUUUCAGGGUUCUCGCGCAGGGGAACCUAUCGCCAAUUUUUUUUUGGAAAUUUUAAAGCUUGGCUGAGUUUUGGUGGCCUAGAAAACCAAAAACCUUCCUAUUUCAUUGUCUAGACCCAAAUUUUGAGCUGAAAAUCAUGAAAAUCAUCAAAAAUUAGACCUGGCCGAGUUUUGAUGGCCUAGAAAACCAAAAAUAUAUUUUGACCAAGUUUUGACGGCCUAGAAACCCAAAAAUUGAACCUGGCCGAGAUUUGGUGGCCUAGAAAACCAGAAAUUUAUCUUGACCGAGUUUUGAUGGCCUAGAAGCCCAAAAAUAUAUCUUGACCGAGUUUUGAUGGCCUAGAAAACCGAAAAUUCAUCUUGGCUGAGUUUUGAUGGCCUAGAAGCCCAAAAACCUUCAAAUUUCAUUGUGUAGACCCAAAUUUUGAGCUGAAAAUCAUAAAAAUCAUUAAAAAUUAGACCUGGCCGAGUUUUGAUGGCCUAGAAAACCGAAAAUUCAUCUUGGCCGAGUAUCGGUGGCCUAGAAAACCAAAAACCACCAGAACUCGGUCUAGAAGCCCAAAAACCUUCAUAUUUCAAUGCCUAGACCCAAAUUUUGAGCUAAAAAUCAUAAAAAUUAUCAAAAAUCAGACCUGAUGGCCUAAAAACCCAAAAAUAAAUCCUCUUCCAGACAUUACAUCCGAAGAAGCGCCAACUCUUCCACCCUUCAACCCCCUUUUAUUCUUCCCACCCGCACUCUGUGAUAUUUUGGGAACCUCGAUUAUGUACAUCGGAUUGAACCUGACCACCGCUUCGUCAUUUCAAAUGCUCCGCGGAGCUGUGAUUAUUUUCACCGGAUUAUUGUCGGUUGGAAUGUUGGGAGCACAAAUUAAACCUUUCAAGUGGUUUGGUAUGCUUUUUGUGAUGACUGGGUUGGUUAUUGUUGGAGUUACCGAUAUUAUGUAUGAUGAUAAUCCGUUGGAUGAUAAAAAUGCUAUUAUUACUGGUAAGGCUUGAGAUUUGGCGGGAAAAUGAGCCAAAAAUUGAAAAUUUUGGUGAAAAAUGAGUCUAGAAAGCAAAUGCGCUCUAUUGAAAUAUCGAUUUUUCACUAAAAUGCCUGAACCUCGAAAUAUCAGCAAUUUUUUUGAGAAUUUCAGUCAAACCAUGGAUUUUUGACUGAAAAUCAUGAAAUUGUUAAAAUUUCCAGGUUCUCGCGCAGGGAAAUCUAUCGCCAAUUUUUUUUCUGGAAAAAAUGACUAAAAAUAUCGAUUCUCAUGCCUGAACUUCGAAAUUUCAGCAAUUUUCAUGAGAAUUUCAUUCAAAACCUGGAUUUUUGGCUGAAAAUCAUGAAAUUGUUGAAAUUUUUGGGUUCUCGCGCAGGGAAAUCUAUCGUCAAUUUUUUUUUCGGAAAAAAACCAAGUGCGCUCUAUCGAACUGGCUUUCCCAUCAUAAAUUCAAAAAUUUCCCCUCCAAAAUGCAACCGCGCCCUACCGAAAUAUCGAUUUUUCCAGGUGAUCUUCUCAUCGUAAUGGCUCAAAUCAUUGUCGCAAUUCAAAUGGUCUACGAGCAAAAAUAUUUGACCAAAUACGAUGUUCCCGCACUUUUUGCCGUUGGUUUGGAAGGAUUGUUUGGAAUGGUGACUUUGUCGAUUUUAAUGGUCCCAUUUUAUUAUAUUCAUGUGCCAAAGACAUUUUCGACAAAUCCGGAAGGAAGAUUGGAGGUAAGAUUCGGAAUUUUGGGCGAAAAAUGACCUAGAAACCCAAAAAAAUGGCCUAGAAACCAAAAAAAUGGCCUAGAAACCCAAAAAUUCAUCUUGGCCGAGUUUUGAUGGCCCAGAAUCCCAAAAAAUCAUCCUGGCCGAGUUUUGAUGACCUAGAAUCUCAAAAACUAAUCCUGACCGAGUUUUGGUGGCCUAGAAACCGAAAAAAUCAUCCUGGCCGAGUUUUGGUGGCCUAGAAUCCCGAAAGCUCGUCCUGGUUGAAUUCUGGUGGCCUAGAAUCUCGAAAAAUCAUCCUGAAAGAGUUUUGAUGGCCUAGAAUCCCAAAAACUAAUCCUGGCCUAGUUUUGAUGACUUAGAAUCCCAAAAAAUCAUCCUGGCCGAGUUUUGGUGGCCUAGAAUCUCAAAAAAUCAUGCUGGCCGAGUUUUGGUGGCCUAGAAUCCCGAAAAAUCAUCCUGACCGAGUUUUGAUGGCCUAGAAAUCCAAUUUUCCUCUUCCAGGACGUUUUCUACGCUUGGGAAGAAAUCAAAGAGGCUCCAACCAUCGCCUUAGCUCUCAUGGGUACCGUAAUCUCAAUCGCAUUCUUCAAUUUUGCCGGAGUUUCGGUAACUAAAGAAUUGUCGGCCACAACUCGUAUGGUUUUGGACUCGAUUCGAACUCUGGUCAUUUGGAUUGUAUCGAUUCCGUUGUUCGGAGAGCAAUUUAUUGCGAUUCAGGUGAGCAAAAAUGCUCUUUUUUGAGCCGGGGACUAGUUUUCCAUAGAUUUUGGAUUUCUAGUCCCUCGAAAAUUCGGGGAAAAUUGAUGGUUUUUGAGCUGAAAAUGAUGAAAAUUGAACCGGGGACUAGUUUUUCCAAAUUUUUGGAUUUCUAGUCCCCGACUUCAAAAAAAAGUGAUGAGGACUAGUUUUCCAUAGAUUUUGGAUUUCUAGUCCCUCAAAACUUUGGGGAAAAAUGCUCUUUUUUGAGCCAAAAUUAAAGAGGGACUAGUUUUCCUAAUUUUUGGUUUCCUAGUCCCCGACUUCAAACAUUUUCUAUCUCUUCAUUAGAAUUGCGGACUACAGACAUGUCGCUGCAGGCCGGGCCGGCCGGGCUCAGCCCGAAGUAAACACAAAAAAUCGGGCUUUUUUCAGCCGAAGCCCGAUUUUAACAUGUGCGGCUUUCGCUGGCCCGAUUUUGGGGCCCGCUUAAUUUUUCUUCGAUUUCUUUUCAUUGAAAAAAAUGAGUUUUUCGUGGUCAAAAAGGAAUUUUUAAUGAAUUUCAAACAUUGUAAAAAGAAAAAUAGUAAAAUAAUAUGUGUGUAGAAGAGAAUUCACUUGAAUUUUAAAAUUUUUUCAUUUCAUUUUUCGAUUUGUUACUUAUUACUAUUUUUAUAAGCAAAAUAUCACAUUCUAAUUUGAUUUUUCACUCAUAGAAAUACAAUCCAACAUCGAAAACAUCAAAAAAAAUUCUGAAAUUGGCCAUUCAAAAAUAUUGUUUGGGCGAGGCCAACCCGGCCGCUUUUAAACUUUCAGAAGGCCGGGCCAGCCGGGCCCGUGAUAAAUUGAGCGGGCUUUAGGGGCCCGAAUUCAGCAAAAACGACAUGUCUGGCGGACUAGAAAUCAAAAAACUAGUCCCCGACUUCAAAAAUUGCUUCCAAAAUAGAUGGGGGACUAGUUUUUUUCUAGCUCUUGGAUUUCUAGUCCCCCGACCCCGCCAAAUUUUGAAAAUUCAAAUUUUAAAGGAAAAAUAGGAGGGACUAGUUUUCCAACAUCUAAAUUUCUAGUCCCCCGACCCCGCCAAAUGUUGAAAAUUCAAAUUUUAAACGAAAAUACGAGGGACUAGCUUUCCACCUGUUGGAUUUCUAGUCCCCCAUCCCCGCCAAAUGUUGAAAAUUCAAAUUUUAAACAGAAUAUAGGAGGGACUAGUUUUUCCAUCUAUUGGAUUUCUAGUCCCCCGACCCGCCAACUGUUGAAAAUUCAAAAUUUAAACAGAAAAUACGAGGGACUAGUUUUCCAACAUCUCAAUUCCUAGUCCCCCGACCCCGCGAACUAUAAAAAAUUCAGAAUUUAAAUGAAAAGGGGGAGGGACUAGUUUUCCACCUGUUGAAUUUAUAGUCCCCCAUCCCCGCCAAAUGUUGAAAAUUCAAAUUUUAAACAAAAAAUAGGAGGGACUAACUUUCCACCUGUUGGAUUUCUAGUCCCCCGACCCCGCCAAAUGUUGAAAAUUCAAAUUUUAUACAAAACAUAUGGGGGACUAGUUUUCCAAGACCUAAAUUCCUAGUCCCCAUCCCCGCUAAAUGUUGAAAAUUCAAAUUUUAAAUAAAACAUAUGGGGGACUAGUUUUGCCUAGCUCUUCGAUUUCUAGUCCCCCGACCCCGCCAAAUGUUGAAAAUUCAAAAUUUAAAUGAAAAGGGGGAGGGACUAACUUUCCACCUAUUGGUUUUCUAGUCCCCCAACCCCGCCAACUAUAAAAAAUUCAAAUUUUAAACGAAAUAUAUGAGGGACUAGUUUUCCACCUGUUGGAAUUCUAGUCCCCCAUUCCCGCCAAAUGUUGAAAAUUCAAAUUUUUGCAGAUCGCCGGUUUCGCUCUUCUCAUCCUCGGAACUCUGAUCUACAACGACAUUCUGAUUGGUCCCUGGUUCCGUCGCAACAUUCUUCCAAAUCUCUCCGGACACACAAAUUGCGCGCGCUUCUGGGUUUGUAUUUGCGGAGGCGACGCCGAACUCAUUCAAUAUCACGGAGACGAGGAAAAUCUGCUCGAAAAUUGAGCAUUUUGCCGUGUUUUUGAGCCCAAAUUCGACUAUUUUACUGUAUUUUUGCGAACAUUUUGAAAAUUGCCCAUAUUUUUGUGUAUAUCUUGUGUUUUCCUACGGUUUUUUCUUAAAUUUUGAAUAAAAAUUUCUAUUUUUCAUGUUUUUUUCCUCAAAAUUAUCGAUUUUCCCAUUCGUCACAAUAUUUUUUCGCGGCAAAACCCAAAAAUUCAAAAAUUUCAGAAAAAAAUGGGCGAUAAAUGUGUGCGGGUGUUGCAUAAACUACGUGCGGCGCAUUUGCAAGCCACGCCCCCUCUAGGCUCCGCCCAAAAGAUUUGCGUCGAUUUCUCGUCGCCCAACAUUGCCAAACAGUUUCAUAUCGGCAAUUUGCGAUCCACGUUGCUUGGGAGAUAUGUGACUACGGUAGGAGUGGGAUUUUGGGCGGGAAAUUUGAAAUUUUGAGAGGAUUUCGAGCAUUUUGAGUGGAAAUGUGGUAUUUUUCGAUUUUCUUGCUGAAAAUCCAGCUAUUUUCUAAAAUUCCUGGAUUUCUAGGCAUGAUUUCUUCAAUUUUCACCCGAUUUUCCACCUCGAAACCCUGAAAAUCCCACAUUUCCAGCUAAAAACCCUGAAAAACCGCGAAAAACGCGAAAAAAUAAAAGUAGAAAUGCAAGUGCGCUCCAACGCAAAUUUCUCGAGCGCAGCAAGACCCGCCGAUUUUUUGUGUGCGCCUUGAGAAGUACCGUAAUCUUUUUUUUUUCGUUUUUCGCCUAAAAACCUCCAAAUUUUCGGGUUUUGAGUGGAAAUUGGAAUUUCAGAGCGUUGCAAGACCAUUUUAGCGUACUGUACGUGGGGAAUUAUCGAUUUUUCAUUGAAAUCCUUCAAUUUUGAGCUAAAAAUCUCAUUUUUCCCCUAAAAUCACCCAAUUUUCACCGAAAAUCACCGGAUUUUGCAGAUAAAUCGACACAUUGGUCACGAUGUGACAUCGGUCAACUAUUUGGGUGAUUGGGGCACGCAGUUCGCCAUGAUUUGCGCAUUUUGGCCACAAAUGCGACCGUCGGACGCCUAUUGGGACUCGCUGAGUGAUUUCGAGAAGAUACGACAACUCACCGAUUGUUAUGUGGUGGCCAAUAAGAAUAUGAAGGUUGAUGAGAAGUUUCGCGAGAGUGUUCAUCGUAUUUUUGUCGAAAUGGAGCAAGCGAUGCAUCGGUAGAGGAUUUUAGGCGGGAAAUUGGGUUAUGACGUGGCAUUUCACGCAUUUUGAAUAUAAAUUUGAUUAUUUUCAUUGAAAAUCGUCAAAAUUUAGCUAGAAAACGCUAUUUUGGCUCAAAAAAUCCAAAAUUUUCAUUUUCAGCGGCGAUCUUUCCAACGAACACAUCCAACUUUGGCAAAAAAUCAAAAAAAUCUCCAAAAAUCACCUGUCGGACUUCUACAAAAUGUUCGAAAUCGAUUUCGAUCAUUGGUUCAGCGAGAGUUUUCAAGUCAAAAAUGUGCAGAAAAUUGUGGCGGAUUUGUUGGCUAAAAAUGUGGCGAAAACUCUGGAAGAUGGAAGAGUUAUCAUAAAUUUAGGUAUUUAUUGGAAAUAUUGAAAAAAAUCCCAUUUUUUUGGUGCUAAAUUCGAAAUUCUACGUUGAAAAUGAGCCCAGGAGCAUUUUUUCAAAAAAAAAAAAAAACAAAAAAGUUCGCCCCCACCAGGAAUCGAUCCCCUGACCUUUCACCUCAUAAUUUUUACCUCAAAAAUAUGUUUUCUAGUAGAUUUUAAUCCAUAGAUCACGAUUGCGCUGUCAAAAUUAGCUAAACUCAAUUUUGAACAUGAAUUAUGACGUGGCAAAGUUGGAAUAACUCGAAAAAGUUAGCUUAACUUUGCCACGUCAUAACUCAUGUUCAAAAUAGAGUUUAGCUAUUUUUGAGAGCGGAAUCGUGAUCUACGGGUCAAAAUCUACUAGAAAACAUAUUUUCAGUAUGAAAAUUAUGAGGUGAAAGGUCAGGGGAUCGAUUCCUGGUGGGGGCGAAUUUUUUAGUUUUUUUUUUUUGGAAAAUGCGUUUCUGGGCUCAUUUUUUGGUGCUAAAUUCGAAAUUCUAAGUGGAAAAUGAGCCCAGGAGCAUUUUUUUUCAAGAAAAAAAAACAAAAAAGUUCGCCCCCACCAGGAAUCGAUCCCCUGACCUUCCACCUCAUAAUUUUAACCCCGAAAAUAUGUUUUCUAGUAGAUUUUGAUCCAUAGAUCACGAUUCCGCUGUCAAAAAUAGCUAAACUCAAUUUUGAACAUGUGUUAUGACGUGGCAAAGUUACACUAACUCUAAUAAAAGCUUUUCGAGGUAUUCGAUCUUUGCCACGUCAUAACUCAUGUUUAAAAUUGAGAUUAACUAUUUUUGACAGCGGAAUCGUGAUCUAUGGAUUAAAAUCUACUAGAAAACAUAUUUUCGGGGUGAAAAUUAUGAGGUGAAAGGUCAGGGGAUCGAUUCCUGGUGGGGGCGAACUUUUUUGUUUUUUUUUUGGAAAAUGCGCAUUUUUGCAGGCGAAAACGAGGAAUUCGCGAUUCUCCAAAAAUCCAACGCCACGUCACUUUAUCUGACCCGCGAAAUCGCGGCGAUUCUGGAACGCGACGCGAUUUUCGCCGCCGAUCGAUAUUUGUAUGUGGUGGAUCGGGCACAACGCGCGCAUUUCCGCGCCCUACAAAUUGUCCUAGAGAAAAUGGGCCGCGCGGAUUUGUCGCGGAAGAUUGAGCACGUACAGUAUGGCCGCGUGCGCGGAUUGUCGACGCGGAACGGAAGAACUGAGGCGGUGCUGGAGAUUAUUGAGAGGGGAGAGGAGUUGGCGAGAAAUGCGAUCAAAGGAUCGAAAACUGUGAAAGUUGAGGGAGAAGAGGAGGAGAAACAGGUGAUUUUUGGUAGAAAAUUUGAAUUUUGAGCUAAAAUUUGAAAUUUUUGAGGGAUUUUGAGCGAAAAUUCAUGUUUUUUGGAUAAUUUUAAGCCAAAAUUCAACAUUUUCGAUGAAUUUUGACCCAAAAUUCAGGUUUUUUCGAUAAUUUUGACCUAUAGUGCAAAAUUUACCAAAUUUGCGUCAACAUGAGGGUUUACUGGCGUGUUUUUAGUAGCUACUAGAAAUGCGUCAGCAAAUGUCUUUUGAGCUACCAAAUUUGCGUCAGUAUAGGACUCUUAUGACGUGUUUUUUGUAGCUACAAUUUUCGCGUCAAUGAAGGAUUUUUUCAAAAUUACAGUAAUCCGAAGCUUUUCAGCCUAAAGUACCUCAAAAGUGUCCAAUUUUUAUUUGAAAUGAGCAAUCUACAGUAAUCCUACAGUACCCUUCUAAAAAUGGCCUAUUUUUUGAAGGAAAAAAAACUACAGUAAUCCUACAGUAACCCCUGAAAUUUCAAGAUUUUCAAUCGAAUCUACAGUAGUUUUGAUUUUAAUGAAACAUCUACAGUACUCUUCUAAAAAUGACCCAAAUUUCUGAGGAAAACACAAUUUUUAAAAAUCCUACAGUAACCUUCUAAACCUACAGUACUCUUAGAAAUGGUCCAAUUUCCAAAAUAAAUCUGUAAAAUUUUCAAUAAGUCUACAGUAACCCAAUGGUUUUUAAACCUACAGUACUCCUCUACAGUACUCUCCCAAUUUCUUCAGAAAAAAUUAGACUUUCCCAAAUGAAUAGCUACAGUACUAUUCUAGAAAUUCACAAAUUUUUCUAAGAAAAAAAAUUACAGUAACCCAAAGAUAUCUCAAAAGUGUUCAAAUUUCCCCUAAAACCCUACAGUAUCCAUCUACAGUACCCCGUCUACAGUAAUCUUACAGGUAGCCCGCCAUCUCUCAAUCUCCACAAUAAUCUUCAAUGAACUCAAGCGCGCCAGAAAUGCCGAAUACGAAUUCUCAUUUCAAAAUGCCUUCUCCCUCCACCAAAACAAUGCUCUCUCACUUCAUUUGAAACACACUAGACUAAAGUCUAUCGAGGCCAAAAAUGCGGAAUUGCUGCCGUUUUUGGCAGAAUGCCAGAAAUUUCCGAUUUUGGAUUGUUCGGAUGACGUCACCAGAUUGUUGGAAUUGUUGGAGGGAGUCGAGAAAUCGAUUGAAUUGAGUGUGGAAAAAUUGGAACCGUGCCAAUUGACUGUGCAAUUGAUUGAGAUUGCACAGUGUGUUGGAAGUGUGAUGAGCCAGUUGAGAGUUCAGGGACAGGAAAAGGAGGUAGGGAAGGUUUUGGGGGGAAAUUUUGGGAAAAAUCGUCCAGAAAUCUUGUUUUUUUUUUGAGAAAAAUCGUCCAGAAAUCUUGUUUUUUGAUGAAAAUUUACCGAAAAUCGUGUUUUUCUAGUGAAAAAUGACCUGAAAUUGAUAUUUCUGUUGAAAAUUGUCCAGAAACUUUGUUUUUGGAGAAAAAUUGAUCAAAUAACAGUUUUUCUAGCGAAAAAUAACCCGAAAUUGAGAUUUCUACUGAAAAAUCGUCCAGAAAUCUUGUUUUUUCUUAAAAAAUUGACCAAAUCAUGCUUUUCUAGUGAAAAAUGAACUAAAUUCGAGAUUUCUAUUGAAAAUCGUCCAGAAAUUUUGUUUUUUGAUAAAAAUUGUCCAGAAAUCUUGUUUUCUAGCGAAAAUUGUCCAGAAAUCUUGUUUUCUGGUGAAAAAUGACCUGAAAUUAAGAAUUCUAUUGAAAAUUGUCCAGAAAUCUUGUUUUCUAGCGAAAAAUUAACCUGAAAAUGAAAUUUUGAAGGAAAAUCGUCCAGAAAUAUUGUUUUUUGAGAAAAAUUAACCUGAAAUUGAGAUUACUAUUGAAAAUUGUUCAGAAAUUCUGUUUUUUUUGAGAAAAAUGACCAGAAAUCUUGUUUUCUGGCGAAAAAUGACCUGAAAUUGAGAUUUUGAAGGAAAAUUGUCCAGAAAUUUUGUUUUUUGAGAAAAAUGACCUGAAGUUGAGAUUUUGAAGGAAAAUCGUCCAGAAAUUCUGUUUUUUGAGAAAAAAAUGUCCAGAAAUCUUGUUUUCUAGCGAAAAAUAACCCGAAUUUGAGGUUUCUAUUAAAAAUUGUUCAGAAAUUCUGUUUUUUUGAGAAAAAUGACCAGAAAUCUUGUUUUCUGGCGAAAAAUGACCUGAAAUUGAGAUUUUGAAGGAAAAUUGUCCAGAAAUUUUGUUUUUUGAGAAAAAUGACCUGAAGUUGAGAUUUUGAAGGAAAAUCGUCCAGAAAUUCUGUUUUUUGAGAAAAAAUGUCCAGAAAUCUUGUUUUUCGGGUAAAAUUCGACCUGAAAUUGAGAUUUUUUUUUAAAAAUUGUCCAGAAAUCUUGUUUUUUGAGAAAAAUCGUCCAGAAAUCUUGUUUUCUAGCGAAAAAUAACCCGAAAUUGAGAUUUCUAUUGAAAAUUGUUCAGAAAUUCUGUUUUUUUGAGAAAAAUUGACCAAAAGACAGCUUUUCCGGGGAAAAAUAACCCGAAAUUGAGAUUUCUAUUAAAAAUCGUCUAGAAAUCUUGUUUUUCGAGAAAAAUUGACCAAAAUCAUGUUUUUAUGGAGAAAAAUGACCUGAAAUUGAGAUUUUUGAGAAAAAUCGUCCAGAAAUGCUGUUUUUUGAGAAAAAUACAGUUUUUCUGGCUAAAAAUAACCAGAAAUCUUGUUUUCUGUUAAAAAUUGUCCAGAAAUCUUGUUUUUUGAGAAAAAUUGACCAGAAAUCUUGUUUUUUGGAGAAAAAUGACCUGAAAUUGAGAUUUCUAUUGAAAAUCGUCCAGAAAUUCUGUUUUCCUGACAAAAAAUGAGCUAAAUUUGAGAUUUCCAUUGAAAAUUGUCCAGAAAUCUUGUUUUUUGAGAAAAAUUGACCAAAGAACAGUUUUUCUAGUGAAAAAUGACAUGAAAUUGAGAUUUCUAUUGAAAAUUGUCCAGAAAUCUUGUUUUUCUAGUGAAAAAUGACCAGACCUCUUGUUUUCUAGUGAAAAAUAACCUGAAAUUGAGAUUAUUACUGAAAAUUGUCCAGAAUUUCUGUUUUUCGAGAAAAAUUACCAGAAAUCUCGUUUUUCGGGUGAAGUUUGACUUAAUAAAAUUUGAAUUUUCAAAUUUUCUAAAUUUUGUCAAAUCCACAUGGCAAAAAAUUUCCUCACAAAAAUUCAUUAAAAAUUUGUUUACAAAAUUGUUCUUCCCCUAAAAAUCCACGUGGAAAAUUUUGAAUUUAGAUAAAAUUUUUUUGAAUUUUCCAAAUCUUUUAAUUUUCACUGUAAAACUUGUGAACAUUUUGGAGCCAAAGUUCUGAAUUUUCAAAUUUGAAAUUUUCGCGCCAAAAAUUCCACUGAAAUUUCAAAAAAAAAUCCAAAUUCAAUUUGAAAAAUUUGGAUUUACAAAAAAAUUAAUUUUUUUUCACUGAAAAUUUGAAAUUUAAAAAAAUCCCCAAUUUUCAUCCAAAAAUAAGAAAUUUUCCGAAUUUUCCGAAUUUUGGCGCGAAAAAAAUCCCCAAUUUCAUUCCAGAUCGCCAUUCCGCGUCUCCUUUUGUUUUCCGCCACCCGUCAAGUUUUAGCCGACGGAAUGCGUCUUCUCGGAAUUCGACCAAUCGAUAAAAUGUGA